GGAGUCCAUUGGAGAACCAUUGAGCUAAAAACAUCUUGAUUUCAGAACCGUCUUUUGAUCUGGAAUUAUCUGUUAUUGACCACAGAGAGCUGCUACUUACAAUUCCUGGGAGAGGGCCCUGUACAGUGAGAGACAGGUAACUGAGAUGAUACCUGAGAAGAGAAGGCUACAAGUCGGUACCCUUCACUGUACCCUACCCUAAUGCCGUGCUCUGUUGAGAUACGUGUAAGAAAGAAGGACCUUUUGGAAGAAGCAGCAAUGAUGCAAUGAGCUGACAACGCAGAUGAUAUGAAGAGCGAGUUCGGGGAAUAAUGAAAGCAUACCCUGGAAGCAUGAAAUUACAAAUCUCCCAACUGCGCGGAGCCCUGAGAAUGAGAUAGUUCCUUUGGUCAAACUGCUCUGAAAGUAAAGGAAAAAACUGACUUGCAUUGAAGCCUUCCCAAGAUGGAUGUCACCCGCCUGCUCCUGGCCAGCCUGAUAGUCUGCCUGUGCUUCCUCACUGCCUACAGCCACCUGGCACCUGAGGAGAAGCCCAAAGAUGACAGGAGCCUGAGGGGCAACUCCUCCAUGAACCUGCUGGAUUCUCCUUCAGUCUCUAUCGUAGCUCUAAACAAGAAAUCCAAAAAGAUCAGCAGAAAAGAGGCGGAAAAGAAGAAGAGAUCUUCCAAGAAAAAGGUGUCGUUGAAGAAGGUGGCGCGGCCCCGGCCCCCGCCUUCCGCCCCUUGUGUGGCCACCGGCUACAGCUGCAAGCCGCCGGCCCCCGCCUGCUGUGACCCGUGCGCCUCCUGCAAGUGCCGCUUCUUCCGCAGCGUCUGCUCCUGCCGCGUGCUGAACCUCAACUGCUGAGCGCACCCGCCUCCCCACCGCCUGCGGGGCAGGGAGAGGCUUCCAGGCACCCCGGGAUCCCUCUCGGACAGUGAUCUCUAGUAGGUGUGGCUUUUUAGGACUAACUGGGAGCGUGCACAGCUUUCAGGAGGCGAGACUUCAAGAAGACUUGGCUUGGGCUGGGCUAAAAUCCAAAUAGUAUACGUAGGCUGCUUGAAUUUGUGUGGCUGUGUUUCUAAUGGAACCGAAAGAUCCUUUUUCCUUCGUGGAGUCCACUUCACAACGGAAGUCCCGUGUGCUAUGCCCACGCUAUCUCCGGUGCCUGGGGAAACCAAUUACCCCGGCAUAAAGCAGCACUCCUGUUAAGCGUUCUCCGGAGCCGACAGCUGGAGACAAUACUGUUCUCUGCCUUUAAAUCUGGGAACACCCGAAGAUGCCUCCAAAUGCAUGGAGACUAGCCAGGCAGAAAGGAAGCAUGAAGGAACUGCCAUUUAGUCUUUUCACCCUUUCCUCCUUCUAAGGAGCUCCUACUAGCCCCGGAAAAACAAAAAACAAAAAGAACAAGAAAGGCUACAACUCCAUACCCAAUCUCAUUGGGCUGUCUGUCCUGUGGGGAUCUGCAGAUAAAAACGGGAGGCUGGUUGUGAGUUGGCAAUGCCAUGGGUCCCUACAGCCAGAAGGCUCUGGCCUGAGGAUCCCAGAGCCUCAGGAGGCUCCCAAACAAAGGUACCACUUGUGCCCACUCCUCCCUUUCUCCCAGGGAUUCCCAGAGGCGCUGGUGAAUGGGAGCCGUUUCUCCCACUCCCAAGCUAAAUGAACACUGACCAUUGGUCCCCAGGCAUUUUAAAAUCUGACAGCCUCGAGUUGGGGCUCCCAAGUAAGAAAUAGGAGUUCAGGAAUCCUUUCUCAUUCCCCACCCCAGCUGUCAGCCAGUAACCAGGCAGUGGGCCUGGGCUUGGUGAUCUGAAAACAAAGGAAACCUCACUAAAAUGGAGUUGGGAAGCCAGAAGGGGGAGCUCAGAAAGAAUUGUCAAUUACAGACCCCAACAGAAGAAUCCUCAACAGGAAAGAAUCAAUUGUGGGCCCCAACAGGAAAAAGACACACAUUACACCUCCUGUAAGAAAUCAACUACCCCUGCAACUCAACUAAUGAGAAACCAUCAUCUCCCUGAAAUCUUUUCUCCAAUGGACUUUUGUUCAAAACCCUUCCCAAUUUCCUUUCUCUGUAUAAUGUUCCCCUCCUUUGUUUGUUGGACUUGCCUAUGGCUUUUAUUAUAGCUUGCUUGUCCAGAAUUGCAAUUCUUUGUUGUUCCAGAAUAAACCCAUUUUUGCUGGUAAAAUAA